GAAAUGAUUCAACCACGGACGGUUCUGGUGUGCUUGGUUAUCACAUUGAGCACAGCGGCUCAUUGUAAACAUCUCCAUCACGGCAGGACUAAAGGAGAGGUUCGCACUGUUGUCAUCCGGGCAAUUGCCAGAGCAAAGGUAGCUCUGCAAAGACAAAAUGAACUUAAUAGAUUCUACAGAGACAUAGGACAAGAUGAGUCACGCAAUUUAAGCCCCUUCAAGCCGAAGACUUGCAAUCAACAUUAUGCCGUGUAUUCAUUCCUCCGCCCACCUGCGGAGGCAGAAGCUGACUCCGGGUUUAUUGUAUCGCAUGCCGCGAGGGAAAUUUCACAAGUACUUGGCGUUUCUAUAGAUGGUCUCCGACGCUCUUAUAUAAUUAGACAGUACUGGCAUGGAUACAUAUCAUCAUUUUGUACUGCGCGUGACGUCAGCUGUGAUACGAAUGCUAAAUAUAGAACUAUUGAUGGUUCUUGCAAUAAUUUAAAAAAUCCGUUAUGGGGUCGUUCUAACAGACAGCACAGACGAUUACUUCAACCAGUGUAUGAUGACGACAUCAAUUCGCCACGUCAGAUUAGCAUUUCUGGAAAUGUUUUACCAAGUUCAAGGUCAGUUAGCAACGCCGUUCACAAUCAAGAUCCAUGUUGCCCUCUUGAGGAGAAGGAUUUCAGUCAGUUUGUGCAGCAAUGGGGUCAGAUGUUGGAUCAUGAUAUUACCGACACUGCAUUUGCCAGGGGGACAGAUGAUGCAGCAAUUAUGUGUUGUGAUUUACCACCAGAAAGACUUAUGGAAAGGUUGGAAUGUUUCCCUAUACCCGUGGAGCCUGGUGAUGAAAGGUUUCAAAAUCAAGCGUGCCUCACCUUUGUUCGUUCAACCGCCGCCCCAGGUGACGAUUGUGAAAUUGGUCGUAGACAGCAGCUAAACCAGGCUACCUCAUUCAUAGAUGCUUCCUUUCUAUACGGACAUAAUGAUGAAGAUGCCAGACAGAUUAGAUCGUUUAUGGAUGGUAAAUUGAAAAUAACAAUGGAGGGUUUGUUUCCCGGAGGACAAGAAGACUUGACUCAUUGUCAGCUGUCCGAUAGUAACGAAUUCUGCAUGAAAUCGGGUGAUUUUAGAAUACACGAAAUGCCAGGUCUAACAGCCGUACAAGUUAUGUUUCUGCGCGAACAUAACAGAAUUGCCAGUAUCUUACAGAAUUUGAAUCCACAAUGGACGGACGAAGACAUUUAUCAAGAAGCAAGGAAGAUUGUGAUUGGCCAAGUUCAACAUAUAACUUACUCCGAUUGGUUGCCAAUAAUUUUAGGACAAGAAGCUAUGAUGAGACUUGGUCUUACCAUAUUUACAACGGGACACAGUAAUGUAUACAACAGUAAUACAAAUCCUACCAUAACUAAUAUAUUCGGAGUGUCUGCAUUCCGUUUCGGACAUACACUUUUACGAGAUACUGUUCUUGUUGAAAAGAAUGGCGACAGUUUCGUAAAAAAUGAGGACGUAUUUAAUCGACCUGGUAUAAUAUUUAGUGACAUGGGCCGAGGAGCGGCACAGGUUGGAAGAGGACUAUCCUUAAACCCGUCAAGCAAAGCAGAUGAGAAGGUAGUAAAUAGUGUACGAAACAAUUUGUUCUUGGAUGAAAAUGGAAGAAGUAUGGACCUGAUUUCAUUGAACAUACAAAGAGCCCGAGACCAUGCAGUCCCAGGUUACAAUGAAUGGAGACGAUUCUGUGGGCUUCCGUUUGCAAUACAGUUUAACAGCGGUCCUGGCGGUUUAGUAGACCAUUCGGAGGAAAAUGCUAGAAAACUGAGUUCGGUGUACAGGCACGUUGAAGAUAUAGAUAUAUUUCCUGGUGGCCUGUCGGAGACUCCACUUCCCGGUGGUCUUGUUGGACCACUUUUCAACUGUAUAAUAGGACUGCAAUUUCAAGAUCUCAAAUUUGGAGAUAGAUUUUACUAUGAAAAUGAAGGAAGGACAGGAUUUACUCUCAAUCAAAUUAAUACUCUUAAAAAAAUAACUCUCAGCAAGCUGAUCUGUCUACAUUUUAACCAGAAGCAAGUCCAAGAAGAUCCUUUCCGUAGACCUGGAGAGUCAAAUCAACUGAAAGACUGUAACGAUUUCGAAGACAUCGAUUUUGAACAGUGGAGGAUGUAGGUUAUGAUAGUUGACACUAACCAACAAAAGGAACACUUCACAGUUUAGAACUGGCCAUUGUUUUCAUGUUCUACACUUAGAGUGAAGAAAAAUAACAAUUUGCAUGUAUAUACAGCUGGACAAAAAUAGCCUUGUUUAAUGGACGAUGAUAGCAUGUGUUUAGUGGGAAAGCUCUUUGGAAAAUAAUACUUCUUCUGUUUUCAUGGGAAAGAAAUAAUAAUGAUGAUAAUAAUAAGCUUUUUAUUAUUAUCAUUAUUAUUGUUAUCAUUAUAACGAGAGGUGUUCAACUUACAUUUGAACACAGUACGAACGUACAUAUAAGUUUAAUGAUUUUUGUUUCAUCUAAUGUUCGGUUUAAGGUAUGACCCGUGUAAUCGUGUAUCUCCUUUUGAAGAGUAUUCAAUUCUUACAAUAAACCUACUUUGACUUAAAUUUUUCAGGGGGCAUGCUAGUAGGUUCAAACCCCACUGAGGCCAAAUGUUUUUCCUUAUAUUCCUUUUUAUCUAUUAAGUUUUUAUUUUACUUUUUUCAACACUUAUUAUUGAUUUAUUGUACAAAAGUGAUUUUUUUCAUUUGAUAAGUGAUUCUUGCUGUUUAAAGUAAAUUUAUCUCUGAAAGUUUAAAAAUACCGAGUUACAUGCGAUAAAAGUUCUCUAUUUUGCCUUUACUCUUUAGAUUACAUAUUGUGCAAGAAAUAUAGGUAGGUUUUACUUCUGCCCCAAAGUUAUUUUUUAAUGUAGUGAGCAAAAUUUAAAACAGUCCCACAGGACUCGACAUUAAUUUUUCAAUGUUGGUGUUAGAAUUCUGUCUCUUUAAAUCCUUUUACUUGAGGCACCCCAGAUAAAAAUGAUAUUCACAGUUUUAUUUUGUGUUUUAUAAUUGUUUACCAAUAGUUUGACGUUUCUUUUAUCACAAUUAAUGGUAUAAUGAAUUCUCUCCAAACGUUUUGGACAGUGGCCAUCACUUUGAAAUUUGUCUCUACUUGAGCUUGAGGAAAUAUCAUAAAUUAUACAAACUUUAUAAAAACGGCACGGUAAAAUUGUUUAAAUUUUGCAUACAUGUCUCUCAGUGGAUACAGUAUACUGACUGUAUCAUUGUUUUGAACAUUUGAAAUAUUCUCAAUUAGAUGGGUCAUACCUUGUAUAUAACGAUGAACUGUAAAUGUUCAAGUUAGAUAUAAUAAAAUGUCUGUUCUGUUCUGUUCUGUUCUUAAGAUCAGUUAGAGUAAUAAACCAUUCUACAAAGCUUAUAAGGCGAUUUGUUUUCUACUUGUGCAGUUUCUUCCAUUUGUCCUUUAGUUCAAGUUUUAUGUAAUUUUUGCUCGUACAGUAUGUAAAGUUGAAGAAAAAACUCCAGAUAUGUUGUUUUUCCUUGAAUAAAAACAGAUUGAUAUGUCAUUUGUGAAGAAGAUAUAAAUAUGUUAUAAUCGUAAUACGACUUCAUCUUUGUACAAAUAUGAAUACAGAGUCAUCUGAAUUACACGUUUAUAAUUAUGAUCUUGUGACCGUUCACGAAAUAGUCCUAUGGUUUAUAUCGGAUAGUUUUCUUUAUGUAUAUAGGCAAACAUUUUCCUACGGACAGAAUUUCUUUAAACUUUGUAUACUGACUGAGAGUCAAGUUUAAACGGAAAUAUGUAUCAAAAAUCAUAGGUAUCCGGGCUUGAUCUUGAAUUAUCUGCCUUUGAAAAUCAGAAAUACUAAAAACUCCAAUUUUCAGGGGCAGAUAAUUCAAUACCAAGAGAAGGAAACUGUGCAUUUUAAUUUAUAUUUCUGUUAAUCAAAAACAUACUCACGACUUUUCUGCCCUUGAAAGACGGAAAAUACUGAAAAAAAACCCUAUUUUCAAGGGCAGAUAGCUCAAGAUCAAGCCCAGGUACCUAUGAUUUUUAAUUAUCAUUAACACAAAUAACACGUGAUCCAGUAGGAACAAGGCA